AUGAACUUAGCCUGCUGCUGUCGGUCUACAAUAAUGGGAAAACUAUUGAGCCUGUUAGCUCGAGAUGAGAAUAGUUGCUGUUCUGCUCAACAGAAAUACGACAUAUUUUUAGAUUUUGAAAAUGCCCAACCUACUGAAAGUGAAAUGGAACUAUUUGACGAGGUCCAAAUCGUGCUUACCGAGGCCUCUGACGUGCUUUCCGACCUCAAACAUUACUUGGGCGCUGACCAAUACAUACGAGCAGCGAUUAAUAACCCAAGUGCCGAACAAAAUGCAUUGACAUGGGAAGCGUUGAUGCCUCGAAUUCGCACUUUGAGACGAUUCUAUUUUUUCUCACAAAAAAUUGCUUUCGUUGUACCUCAAAUUCUAACUGAAAUAUGUUCAGAUGAUAUAACCCCAUCGUUACACCUAGAAAAUCAACAAGCUCUAGUCAAACAAUUUUCCGAGAUCAUUGAGUUUGUGUUGAAGUUCGAUGAAUACAAGAUGAGAACACCAGCGAUUCAAAACGACUUUAGCUAUUACAGACGAGUGUUGAUGCGUGAAGGUGCAUCAGUGCAUUCGUUCACGGACCAAGAUGAAGAUUCUAACAGCAAUUUAAACGUUGCCAACAAAGUGUCCUUGUUCUACGCAGAAGCAACGCCAAUGUUGAGAACACUGUCAAAUGUUACUUCACAAUUUUUGAACAAAGAUAAACGGCUCGUUGACUAUGCCAUUGAUAUGUUAAGUACCAUGGUAAAAGUGUGCAUACGCAUGUUGGAAACACCUACGGUUCAGUUCAGAAAACAGGAAACUCACCUUUUCAUGCUUCGCGUAUUAGUCGGCCUCAUCAUACUGUACGACCACGUGCACCCAAACGGAGCGUUCGUCAAGACUUCCAACAUAGACAUUAAAGGUUGCGUACGGCUGCUUAAAGACCAGCCGGAAGAGUUUCAGACUGAAAACCUGUUGAACGCACUGAGGUACACCACAGCUCAUCUAAACGACCCGUCUACAUCGAAAACAGUCAGAUCCCUGCUCAUGGAGGCGUGA